CAGAGGGACAUUUUCGGUGGAGGUGACUUGUUGGCCAACAUGCAGCUUCUCCUGGUGUCCGUCUGCCUGGCCAUCUUCAGCUCAGCACUUACAUCAGCAUCAAACCCGCACUAUGUGAUCACAGCUCCGUCACAUUCAGUGCGGGGAUCCCAGCAGAAAGUCUGUGUGACCUUCCUUGAUCUGGAUGGGCCAGUUGACUUCAAAGUAGACCUGCAUAAAAAUGAACACACUCAUGUCAUUGCUGAGCACAAAGUAGACACCCCGGAUUACUCUCACUGUUUCCCCUUCCAGGUUCCUGCAGAAGAAGAAGACUACUCAGUCUGGUCUCUCCACGCAGUUGUGCAUGGGGAACACCUCAAUGUCAAUGAGACCAAGACGAUUGUAAUAGUCAGUGGACGUGAUGCGUGCUUCAUCCAGACUGAUAAAACCACAUACAAGCCGGGUGAUACAGUGAGGUUUCGGGUGAUAUCUGUGGACGCGAAUUUCCGUCCUGCACCAAAAACGAUUUCUGUGAUUAAGCUAACGGAUCCAAACCAGAACCGCAUUGGACAAUGGCUGAAUGCACCUGUUAACCAUGGGAUUGCUGAUUUCACUUUCCCUUUGUCAAAUGAACUAUCUCUUGGAAGUUAUAUAAUUAACAUACCUUCUGCAUGUGCAAAAUUCUUUACUGUGUCUGAAUAUGUACUGAAGAGAUUUGAAUUUCAUUUGAAUGUACCAUCCCCUAUAGCAGUGAUAGAUAAAUCCUUUCACCUGGAUGCUUGUGGCAGCUACACCUAUGGAAAACCAGUACAUGGAUCUGUUAACCUUACAGUCUGUCUUGCCACUGCUCGCCAUGCUUGGCAAACUGACAGCAGCAGUGAAGAAGAUGGUGGACACUCAGAAAAAUGCAUAAAACUACAGGAUGUUAAGACUGACAGCAAAGGAUGUCUGUCCAAGGAGAUUGACCUUAGUUUUUUCAAACUUUCCAAAGAAACUUCAGAGCAUUUACAAAUUUCAUCCUCUCUGAUAGAAGAUGGCACAGGUCACAUUGAGACGGCCUCAGCUAAAGCCUAUUUCAAUAAAUUCAAAUCAAUUACAUUUGUGGAUCCUGGAUACUAUUACACUGCAGGUGCUCCAUUACAUGUCAAGGUGCGUGUUGUUGAUGAGAAAAAACAGCCCAUGGCUAAUACAGCCGUAUCCAUAUAUCAGGAUGGAAAAAGGGAAAAGAUUGCAGCUCUGGUGACUGACAGCAAUGGAAUUGCUCAUUGUUCACUGAACACUUCUGAAUGGGACAGCUAUAUGUCACUAACGGCAAAGAUUUCAUCAGAUGAUGGUGAGGAGGAGGAUUAUAGGCAUCACCGGGCAGAAACAUUUGUGGUCAACUUUUACUCUGAGAGUCACAGUUUUGUGAGUCUACAAAGCAAUUCUGAUAAAAUUCCCUGUGACACUGAUUUGCCUGUGACUGUGGAAUAUGAAAUCAAUGGCCUGGAUCCUAAAGAUGAUCAUCUCACUUUCUUCUACUUUCUGUUGUCUAAAGAUGGAAUCAAUUCUUACAAGGAACAUAAAUUAGACCUUAAAGAGCACGUAAAAGACCCAAGAACACACGGAUCAUUCACUUUAAAUGUCCAUGUAGAUAAAAGUUUGGCCCCUAUUUUCGCUAUCUUAAUUUUCACUGUAUUGCCCAAAGGAGAAACUGUUGUAGGUAGAGCAGAAUACAAAGUUUCAUCCUGUUCCAGGAACAAUGUCCAUCUCAGUUUCUCUGAAGCUCAGGUCCGUCCUGGAGAAAAUGUGAAUCUUAAGGUAACAGCAGACUCUGGAUCCUGGUGCUCCGUGCGAUCUGUGGAUAAAGGAUUCUUACUUCAUGCACCUCAUGAAGUCUCCUUAUUAGAUGUUUUAUCUAGGGAUAGCAAAGAUUUUAUUUUCUCAAGACGACCUGGUUAUGAUCCAUUUUCUGAAAUCGACCCUGCAAAGCACCAAUGCCCAGAAAAUGAGACUGCUAUACAUAAUAUGUUUGAUUUAGAAUUUGAUGCUUUCCUUGUGUUUGCGAUACACAAUCUAAAAAUUUUUACCAACACUCGCAUAAGUAAACCUCCGACCUGUGUUCCAAUUGGAUUCACUGGACGCUCUUCAGUGCAUCGAAAAAAAGAGAAAAGCACUAAAGGAGAAGAUCAAGAGCUGAAGAAGCCUCACACAAGAGGAUACUUCCCAGACACCUGGUUGUUUGAUUUAGUUUCUGUGGGCCCAGAGGGACACACAGAGCUGAACCUGACUACCCCUGAUAGUAUCACCAAGUGGGUAACUGAUGCUGUCUGUCUGGGAAAUUCUGGAAUUGGUGAAAUAAAGGAUGUUGGGCUGACCACCUUCCAACCAUACUUCAUCGACCUGAUAUUACCCUACUCUGUGGUACAAGGAGAGACAUUUACAAUCCAAGCACUGGUCUUUAACUAUGUGAAGAGCUGUGUGCUGGUGGUGGUAUCACUAUCUGAUUCAGAGGAUUUCUUAACUGUCCAAAAGAAGGAGCAGGCCAGAUGUAUCUGUGAAGGCCAAUCAACACACUUUACCUGGGAAGCCACAGCCCUACACAUAAAGAACUUAAAGAUCCAUGUGAGCAGCAGUUCUCUGCAGUUGGAAGGAGAAUGUACUGAAGAUUCACUUUUGUUGGGAAAGGAUCAUAGAGAAGACUCUAUUGAGAAAACUGUUGUGGUCAAGGCUAGAGGCCAUGAAGAGCAGAAGACAGAGACCUUCCUUCUGUACCCAGCAGAUACCAGUGAGAAAAUCCACGUUUCCUUCCAUGUACCAGAGAGAUUUGUGCCAGGCUCCGCCCAUACACACAUGAUUGUUUUGGGUGAUCUCAUGGGCAAUAUUGUCAUUAACUUGGACAACGUUGUAUAUAUGGCUGAUGGCUGUGGGGAGCAGAACAUAGCAAAGCUAUCUAGAUAUGUGUACACAAUGCAGUAUCUACAGAGUACCAAAGAACUAACUCCAGAACUCAAGGAAAAGGGAGUGAAAGCCAUGACUGAAAACUACCAGAGACAACUGACAUUUAAAAAUGAAAAUGGCUCAUAUGGAGGGUUUCCAGGUGGUCCUGCAAAUUUCUGGAUCACAGCGUUAGUAUUAAAGACUCUUAGCAAUGCUCAGGACUUCAUCCCCAUAGAUCAGACCAUCAUCCAGCAAGCUGUGACAUGGCUACAGAAUAAACAGUUACCAAAUGGUUGUUUUAACGAAUCGGUUCAUUACUUUAAUAAUGAUCUAAAGGCAAAAAAUAUAGUUGCAAAUACAGCCUACGUCGUUAUCUCACUGCUGGAGCAUCACGUGGUCUGCAAUGGAAGCAUUGUGGAGAAUGCAUUGAAAUGUUUAAGGAAAGAAGCACACAGCAUUACGUCUCCCUAUACCCAGGCUCUUCUGGCCUAUGCCUUCACUCUGGCAGGAGACAGUGAACUAAGACAGGAGGCGCUGAAGCAUUUAGACAAGACUGCCAUAAAGAAAGAAGGAUUUAAGCAUUGGGAAACAGACGUAUACAAGCAAGUAGACGUUGAGACAUCUGCCUAUGUAAUUCUGGCUUUGCUUUCUGAAAAAACAAUCGCACAGAAAGAUGUUGAAGAGAGCGCAGACAUCGUCCGUUAUCUUAUAACACAGCAAAAUCCAUGGGGAGGAUUCUACUCGUCUCAGGACUCUACAGUAGGUAUUCAAGCUCUUGCUAAAUAUGCCAAGGCCACUCACCACAAGAAGGGAGAUGCAACGGUUACAGUUGAGUCAAAGUCUGGGUUCCACAAAGAAAUUCAUGUGGACAAAGAUAAUAGUGGUCUUCUGCAGACAGUAGUCCUGCCAGAAUUCCCUGGUGAAUAUACAGUAACUGCCACUGGAAAAGGUUGUGUCUAUUUACAAUCACAUGUGCAUUAUAACAGUCUUCCUGACCAUUCGGAUGACCACUUUUCCGUCAAUGUCAGCACCCAACCAGCCGUCUGCACCCAUGAAGCACAGACAAACUUUGAACUCCAUGUGGAUGUGAGAUACACUGGAAAGCGACCUGAGACUAACAUGGCAAUGGUUGUGGUGGAGUUUCUGUCAGGAUUUGUUCCUGAUAAAAAGAGUAUUAAAAAGUUAGAGGAAAAUCCUAUAGUGAAAAGAACAGAGAUCUCGGCAAGUAAUGUCACCAUUUACUUGGACAAGCUCACUCAUAAAGAUGAACACUUUGUUUUUGUGCUGAAUCAAGAAACGCAUGUGACAAAUCUGCAUCCUGCAAAUGUCGCAGUUUAUGAUUAUUAUGUUCCAGAUGUACAUGAUGUAGAAGAAUAUAACUCUCCUUGUAAUGCAAUGAAAGGUCACUGCAAAGUUGGUGUCUCCCAGAGGACAGAUUGUGGGCAUCCAGGUAUUACCAAGGAGGAGUGUGAGCAGAAAGACUGCUGCUACGAUUCCAGUAUUGCUCAGUCCAAGUGGUGUUUCUUCCAAGGAUUUGAAAAAGAAGAAUCUCACUAAUAAAGAAUCUAUCUGAAGACAUCACACACUGUGUCCCCUGUGACAAUGAAUACUUACAGUACAGUCUCCCCACAAGUAGCAGACAGGAAAAUAACUCCAUCAUGGACCCAGGAUAAAGGAUUCUGUUUCCUGUAAUGUAACAAUCAAUAAACAAUACACAGUGUAA